AUGACAAGACAAGCCUUUUUAAAUGACAAGGAAAUUGAAAAGUUUCUUGCUGAAGACGAUGACUUAAUAGUUUCGGAUGAAGAUGAUUAUGCCAUUGGCGAGCUUGAGACAGACUUGGGAGAGCUAAUGGACGAAGCAAAUUCUUCUGAAGAGGUUUCUGCAGAAGAAGACGAUGUCCCGUUGAAUGUGUUGCUUGAAGAGUCUGAUAUAAUUACUUUCUCAAAAAACAUUUUACGUGGAAAAAACCGUCAUAAGUGGUCGACGCAAAAAGCUACGUCUCAUAGAUAUGGACAAAAUAUUGUACAUCAAGUACGUGGUCCUACUCGAAUUGUAACCAUGGAUAAUUGGUUCACUUCAGUCUCCUUGGCUAAAUAUCUUUUAAAAGAACCAUAUAAAUUAACAUUGGUUGGAACUUUGCGAGAUAUACCUCCAGAGAUGAAAGUCAGCAAAGGUCGAAAAUGUGGCACUUCAAUGUUCGCCUAUGACAACGAACGGACGCUCUUGUCAUAUAAACCCAAACCGAAUAAAAUAUUUUACUUGUUGUCCUCAUGCAAUGAAAUUUGGAACUAUUUCAUUGCUGGACUCAAGGAUGUUUCGGUUACAAUACCACAAGCGGUAAAACGUGGCAGCAAUGCAUUGCUCAUAUGCAAUUACGAUAUGGAAAACGAUACUCUCUAUUCGGUGAAAUGGUAUAAAGGACGUCGAGAGUUUUAUCGUUAUACGCCAAAGGAAAAUCCGGCAAUGAAAGUUUUCCCCAUGGCCGCCGGACUGAAUGUGGAGCGCAAUCUCUCCAAUCAAAGCCAUGUCGCGCUGCUGGCCGUUCCGCUCAACAUAUCCGGCAAAUUUACAUGCGAGAUUUCCGUGGAGGCGCCAACCUUUCAAACCGCCAUGGUCUCUGGUGAACUGGAAGUCGUGGAGUUACCGGAGGAGCAGGCCAUAGUUACGGGCAUCCAGCCACGUUAUCGUAUCGGCGAUUUGGUUGAUGGCAAUUGCUCAAUUAAAUACUCCAAACCGGCUGCUAAUUUGACAUGGACUAUUAAUGGUAUUGUGGUGCCGUUGCAUCACAUAAAAACCUAUCAAAUCGAACGAUAUGAAGAGAGUAAUUUGGAGUCGGUGGUGAGCGCUCUGCAUUUCAUGGUGACCACACAACAUUUCAUUAAAGGACAAAUGAGGCUCAAGUGCACUGCAAGCAUAUUUGAUAUAUUCAAGGAGGAAAUCGAAAGUGUCAUCGAAGAGGAUCGACCACGCAUUAUGGCCUCUGGGCGUUCAUACGAUAUGCAUAAUAAUUAUCCGUAUGAGCAGCAUGCGAGCGGUGACGGCUUCGAGGAUCAUAAUGAAUCCUUUUUAACAUAUUCAGCGGCCGACAUCACAUCUUCUGCAACAACUGUACACGAUACGACAGCGCACAUCUAUGCGAAAGCUCUCAAAAUGCAUUGGAAAUACAUUUGGACUGGUCUGAUGGCGACAGCGGCAGCCAUUCAGGCAUCCAGCAGUCAGCAGAAGCAACCUGUAAUGGAACAGGACUUGCAGCGCCACCGAUAUAUCAAAUGGAUAAGUGAAGCAAGUAAUGGAAAAGAAGAAGAAGAGGAACAAGAAGAAGAAGAAGAAGAAGGCAUAGCAGCUACAGCAGUGAAGAAUGUGGCCGCGUUAGAGCUGUUUUGUGUCGGGGAAAGCGUUGCUUAUAUUUUCGCUGCUAUUUGCGCGAGCAUCUUUGUAUGCGCACUGACACGCCAUUUUAUAAGCCAUCAAAGGCAGCCAAAGAAAUUAGUGAGGGCGAAAGCGGGGCAAGCAAUGAAGCUACGAGGAACAUCCUCGAUUGUGGCGCCACCAUUGGCAACAUUUACUGUCACAGUGUUGCUCUCGAAAGUAAUAGACGCAGCAGCAGCAGCAACGUAUGAUGCGAAAGGUGGGGCAGUCACAUCACAGACAACAAAAUCACCUGCAACGACGGUGUUAGUCAAACGGACAUUGAAAGGACAAAAAUCCUAUCAUAAUUGCGUUACAAAAAAUGUGAAAUCAUUGAGUGUACGACUCUGGGGAUUUCCACGAACGCUGUUGAUGGUGUUUGUGCAGCGCACAGUGGCAGCGGCGGCAAAUCCAUUACAAAAAUUGCGAGUGUUGAAACAACAACAAACACAAAAGAAGCAAUAUGAGCAGCGUGAAAGCACAGCAAUAUUGCACAACGAGGCGCGCUUUCGGGGCAAUGCAAAUCAACAGCUGUCGCUGGCACUUGCCGGCAGGAGUCCAUCACCUCCUUCAGCAAUAAUUUUCAACGAACUGGCAUUUGGUGGUUCGGAUGUUAGUGCUGCCAUGCAUGGUGCAAUCGGCGUUUGCCAUAUCAUCGGCACUUACAGCUGCAGCAGCAGAGGUGGCGGCAGCAACAAUCAACCGAUUGCCAAUUUCGCUAAGGACGCGUCAAAGGAUCUAACAUUAUUGAUGAUGAUUGCGCAACGUUUUGAUUGUCAACAUGUUGACGAUUUUGUUGCAGUAUCACCCGGUGUGAGGCAAAAACUGCAACAACAACAGCAACAGCAACAGCAGCUGCGUAAAGUGCAACUGCAGUCGAUAAAAAAUCAUAAAGUGUUGGCGAAAGAAAAGGCGUUGCCAUUUAAUUGGCAAGGAAACUGCGCGCCUCCUCGUCCUUGCUGGGGCGAGUGCUGAUGCCGGCCAAUGGUAGUAUAAGUAAAUGCUUGAAAAGACAAGCGGAAAUAAUAAAUAGCCUAAAAUAAAUGAAUAAAUAAUGAAGUAAUGAAAUAGUAGACCCGUAAGCUGUGCGUUGACUUGCGAGCAAAGAAACAAAAGCUACUUUAAUAGAAACAGGAAAAACCCAAAAAAAAAAAACAAAAAUAGAAUAAUAAAUUAUAAAUUAGAAAUAAGAAUUUGUUGCUGCUUCUAAUGGGGCCCAAGCAGCAGUGUGUGUAAAUACCCAAGUAGUUGAAAAACCUAAAAAGUUGUGAAAAUACGAUAGCCAAUAAUUUUGAGUUGAAUCAAUGCCAAAUUUGAUUUACGACAAAAAAUGUAGAAUUAUAAUUUUUAUGUAAGUAAAUGAAAAUAGAAAUGUAUGCCAAAAAUAGAAUUAUAGUCUAAUAUUUAUUCUUUACGGUAAAAUAAUUAUUAAAAAAGCAUUUAAUGUAUUAAUAGGAGAAAAGCUCUUCAUUGUAGUGACACAGCACCCGAAAAUGCCCUGGCCAAGUUGAUCCGCUGUGUUAUUAUGUUUGCUGGUUCAACCAAUUUAAAGAAUAAAAAUAAAAUAAAAUAAGAUAAAAAAUAGUUGGCCGUAAAGGUUAAUAAUAGCAUUUAAGUAAUAAGUUAAACUACAUACAAAUUGAUUAAUUAAAAUGAAUCAAGUAACACAGAGGGAGAACAACUAAAUAAUUUUAAUUCUCUUUCGAACAAAGUAUUUAAUUUGCUUGCCACUCGUUGUUUUUGUUUAAUCGAAUUGUCGACUUAAUUUUAUUGUUCCAACUUUUUUUUUGUUAGAAGUUAGCUUAUGUAUGUAUCGGGUGUUUUUUAAUAUAGCUGAUUGAGAACUUGCGAUAUCGAUAGCUAUGGUUUGCCAGCCCAGAAUGACACAUAUUCUUGCCAUUUCUGUUCAGUAAGGUUUGGAUAUCGACAUCGUCGGCCUUAACAACCGCGCUGUCAGUUCUGAUUUCUCCAAACUGGCUAAAGAGGCAAAGCGAAUGGGUCUGGUGGUGAACGAGAACAAACCGAAGUAUCUCCUGCCAUCAAACAAACAGUCGGCGCACUCGCGUAUAGGGACCCACGUCACAGUCUUCUUCUUCUUCUUUAUUUGCCAAUUCGAUUCCGAAUAUAGGCGAUCAUACAAUUUGCACAAUAUAUAUUACAAUUAAAUAUCGAAUUACAAAAAUAUUUUACGUUUAAUGUAAAUUUGUUAUAAUUCCAUGGUAAAGGUCUCGAUUUCUCGCUGUCUCCAAUAAAGUUCCGAUUCCAGUCCAAUGUCUUAUAUUUCUCAGCCAGGAUAGUUGUUUUCUGCCUAUGCCUCGUUUGCCUUCUAUUCUUUGCAGGAUUAGUUGAAGCACAUGAUAUUUGUCGUUUCUCAUAAUAUGACCCAAAUACGCAGCUUUUCUUCUUUUUAUGGUGGUUAGUAAUUGUCGAUCAUGCUGAAUUCAACGCAAUACUUCAGCAUUUGUUACUCUAUCUGUUCAGGGUAUUCUUAGAAUUCUUCUGUAUAUCCACAUUUCAAAUGCUUCUAUUUUAUUCAUUUCAGUGGUUUUAAUGGUCCAUAUCUCCAUAGCAUACAGAAGUACAGACAGCACGUAACAUUUGACGAAUCGAAUUUUUAAUUUAAUAUUGAAGUCAUGAUUAUAAGGAACCUUUUGUACUUGUGGAAUGCAGCCCUAGAAAUUUCAAUUCGAGCUUUUAUUUCUUUUGAAGAAUUCCAAUUUUCGUUAAUCCAGCAACCUAAGUAUUUGAAAUUUUUGACUCGUUCUAUGAGCAUGUCUUAAUUGUUAAGCUUGUGUCAACAUAGGCGUUUUUUUUGCUGACAAUCCUAUAUUUAGUUUUAUUAAUAUUGAUUUCUAAACCGAAGUUUUUACUGCAACGCGUAACAACAUUGACUAGCUCCUGUAGUCCGCUUAGACUGUCUGAUAAGAGAAUUGUGUCGUCAGCGUAUCUGAUGUUGUUAAUGUUUGUCCCAUCUACUUUAAUGCCAGUUUCUAGCCCUCAGAGUGCUUCUUGAAAGAUUCUUUCGGAGUAGAUGUUAAAUAGUAAUGGUGAGAGAAUACAUCCUUGUCUAACCCCUCUUAGUAUAGGUAUAGCGUCUGUAGUUUCGUUGUUUAUGUUAACUUCUGCAGUUUGCUGCCAAUAAAGAUUGCGUAUACAUUGAAUUUCUUUUGUAUCGAUAUCCAUGUUUUGUAGAAUCUCAAUGAGCUUAUCGCACUGAACAGUGUCAAACGCUUUUUCAUAACCUAUGAAACACAUAAACACAUCUUUUUGGACGUCUCUGCAAUUUUCAACUAAUACUUGAAUACAAAAUAGCGAUUCGCGUGUGCCCAUACCUUCUUUAAAUCCGAAUUGUGUCACUGUCGACAGUUAUAAUUUCGAGGUUGUAAAAGACUAAUAGUUUCAGCAUUGAAAUCCUACGCAGAAUCGCUCUUGCCAACAAGUGCUACUUCGGACUAAGUAGGCAACUGAGCAGUAAAGUCCUCUCUCGACGAACAAAACUAACACUUUACAAGGCUCUCAUCCUGCCCGUCCUAACGUAUGGCGCAGAAGCUUGGACGAUGACAACAUCCGAUGAAGCGACGCUUGGAGUGUUUGAGAGAAAUAUUAUGCGUAAGAUUUUUGGACCUUUGCACGUUGGCAACGACGAAUAUCGUAGACGAUGGAACGAUGAGCUGUAUGAGCUUUACGACGACAUAGACAUAGCGCAGCGAAUAAAGAUCCAGCGGCUUCGUUGGCUGGGUCAUGUCGUCCGAAUGGAUACAAACGCUCCGGCUUUGAAAGUAUUCGAUGGGGUACCAGUUGGUGUAGUAGAGGGAGAGGAAGGCCUCCUCUGCGUUGGAAAGAUCAGGUCCAGAAGGACUUGAUUUCACUUGGUGUGUCCCAUUGGCGCCGGUUAGCACGAGAAAGAAACGAGUGGUGCGCUUUGUUAAACUCGGCCAAAAUCGCGUAAGCGGUUAUCGUGCCAAAUCAGAAGAAGAAGGUGUGGCAAGUUGGGAUGAAUCGUUUGAAGCCAGAAAAGACGCUUUCAAAUCGUGGAAACUCACAUUGUAAAAAAUAAAUCUGUUCGCAAAGUUCAUAAAGCACUGGCGGCAUCAUCGCUGGGCACACUAAAAUAGAAUAGAUAUGGUUUAGA